AAUUUUUCAUUGACAACUCUUGAACUAUCUCAGAAAUUGUUGUUUAUUGUUUUCGUUUUUACGGGAGAUUCGAAGGCAUCAUUUCUCAGAAUUAAUCGGCUUUCGAAGAAUAAAAACGUUCGAGAUGCCUCAAAAAGCCACCACCAUAAAAUGUGUUCAAUGCAAUCACACCGAAUCUCCUAUGUGGCGUCUGUGUGAGAGUGGACAGAUAUGCAACUCUUGCUACGAAGAAAAUAAGAAGCAACUGCUGAAUGAAUUGGAACCAGAAACCCCGGAACCAGUGGGAAAUGAGAACACAAAUUCAAACAACGGCGAAGUGAAGAAAUUGCGAAAGAGCACACGUACAACCAGAUACAAAUCAAAGACAUCGAACAAUACCGGAACAAUUGUGAAAAAUAUAACAAAGGGACGCAGUCGCCGGAAUAUUUUCAAAAAGCCUCCCAUCAAAGCUCCUGUUAUACCAGCGUCGACAACAUUUUCGGACUCACUAUUUCAUAAUGGUUCAUACAUCCAGGUCGGUGAUAUUGUAUCGAUCUCGGACUUUGAGGACAACACCUAUUACGCUCAAAUACGUGGCUUACUUGUCGACACAUACUGCGAAAAAUCGGCGUUUAUCACAUGGCUCAUUCCGACACAAGCGAGUCCACCACCUAACGAACGCUUCGAACCGAGCACUUACUUAAUUGGUCCCGAAGAAGAUUUUUCACGGAAGCUGUCUUGUAUGGAAUUUGUGAUGCAUGCGCCCAGCAAUUACUAUCACAACAAGAAUACUCCGUAUCCAGCCGCUGAUUGUGAUGAUACCAGUUCAAAGCAUGCCGGCUUCAUUUGGACGAAUCUUUAUCUAGACGAUGCGGCUGUACCGAAAACGCCGACAGUACCGCCAACUGAAAAUUAAUCGAAUGUGUACGGUGAUGUAACGAUAAUGAAUUUAAUGAAUUGAUUUUGACGAGUAGAAGGAAACUUGUGACGUUCUAAGACACCUACUGGACACAUGCGUUGCAUUUGAAAUUAUAACUACGAUCCACGUGGUGAA